GGGACUUGCCCAGACAUGCCUCCAGGCUUACGCAGAGGUGAUUCCCAAUCGAGGCCACGUGCGUCACACAGGUAGUUGUUAACAUGGGGCCAGGUUAGACUGCACAUCCCACUGAGUGAAAACUGGUUGCUAUAUUUUCACCUUUACAUUUAAGUGAACCGCACAGUAACUAGCUUAUCGAUGCGGCAGACUCUCUUUCACUUUCGAUUCCUGCUUACUCGCCUGGACUUACUUUAACUACUGAAACGUUCCCCGUUGCACUACGAAGUCUGACGUUCUCGAUGGCGACUUGAACCAUUUUUCAGCUGCCACCGACAACAUGAAGUACGUUGGAAGUAUGUGGACUUAAACAACCAGUAUUGUCGUCGUUCUUCAGACCAUCUGACAACGCGUCUCCAUACAGGAAAUGGAAUUCCAAAAUUUGUUGCUAAAGGUGGGUAAGGCACUGUCUAAAGAUGAAGUGAAAGCCUUAAUCUUUCUUUGCACUGACCUCCUGGAGCAAAAGCCAAACAAGGUGGAAACGGCCAGUGAGCUCUUCUCCUGCCUGAUGAAACAAGACCGUCUCUCACCUGAGAACCCACAGCUCCUGACCGAGCUUCUGGUCACUAUUGAACAUCAUGCCCUGGUCCGGGAUCUCUGCCUCCCUCCACGUACAACAACGAGCCUCAUUUCUCCCUACAGGAAGCUUCUUUACAGCCUCUCUGAAGAAAUUACUGAUGACGAUCUGAGAGAAGUGAAGUUCUUGUUAAACACGAUGAUCCCACGUAGAAAACUGGGGGAACAUAUUACUACACUGGAAGUCUUCCUGGAGAUGGAGCGCAUGGACCACCUUAGCGAAAGCAAUCUAAACACCCUGGAGACCAUAGUUAGGGAGGUGUGUCCCAUGCUGAAUGCUAAGAUCAACCAGUUUAAAAAAUGGCGAGUCACCUGUCCUGUUAUGACAACUGAUGCUAUAUCAACUCAAGAAAACGAGUCCUUCACCAUGCCGAUAUCUCCAUCUACAAACACACAAGAUGAGGGCUUGGGAACAUAUCCUAUGACGUCUGAAAAGAGGGGCAUCUGUUUAAUUGUUAACAACUACGACUUCAGUAACUACCCUAAACUAAAGCAACGGAAUGGAACUGAAGUGGAUCAAAAAUGUCUGCAGAGUGUGUUUCAGUGGCUCGGCUUUAAAGUGGAGAGCCACCAUGAUUGUGACGCGAACAAGAUGCUCUCUCUGUUCAGGGAGCUUGGCAAAAGAGACCACCGUCAGUUUGACUGCGUAGUGUGCUGUGUUCUGAGUCAUGGUGUGGAAGGCAGCGUGUACGGUGUGGAUGGAUCCACUGUCAAGAUCAGUGAUUUGACUGACCCCUUCAAUGGAUUAAAUUGCCCAUCUUUAGUGGGCAAGCCUAAGCUGUUUUUCAUCCAGGCCUGCCAGGGAAACAGCGAGCAGCAAGCUGUCUGCAUUGAAUCUGAUAGCUCUGCAUACAGCUUUUGUUGGACUGAUGUUAUAAAGGCUGAAGAGGGUAUCCCACAUAGUGCAGAUUUCCUGCUGGGAAUGGCCACGGUUCCUUUUCAUGUUUCCUUCAGAGAGAGAACCAAUGGCUCCUGGUUUAUUCAGUCUUUGUGCCAAAACCUUGUUCAGAUGGUGCCCAGGGAGUGUGAUCUCAUGUCAAUCCUGACAAAAGUGAAUGCAGAUGUUAGCCAGAAGAGUGAUUGGACUGGUCAAAGAAAGCAGAUGCCUCAGCCAGCCUUCUCACUCAGGAAGAAGGUGGUCUUUCCGGUUCCCAACGUCCCUCCUCCAUCUAUUCACAAAGCAUUGUAAAAUUCUUGAUUUUUACGUUAUUUCAGAGCUGUGGAUGCAUCAAGAAUUAAAUGCAACAUGCAGCAGUUUAUGCACAAAUGUUUAUUUUUCAGUCAAAAUUCUACUGAAUGUGCGUGACUGCUGUUACUAAUUGUCAUCUAGAUAUUAUACAGGCAACAUCCUUGUUCCGUGUUACAAAUUUGUUGAAAUGCAGGAAUUUUCUAUCAAAAAAAUUUUUUUUAAUGCAGUUUUGUGUAGAAUAUUUUGUAUUUUAGUCCUCUGUGAUACAAAUCAGGAUUAAUGUUCUUAAUAAAUGUGGCUCUUGAUAACCUCA